UUCCUCCCCAAUAUUAGCAGGCACACGUCGUCUCUAGUCUCAGUGGUAGGAGACUGGGUUUGCUACGCUGCCAGCAUGAAGGCUUUGCUAAUCCUGGGGCUUCUCCUCCUGCCUCUGGCUGCUCAUGGGAAGAUCUACGAAAGGUGUGAGCUGGCAAGAGCGAUGAAAAGGCUUGGGCUGGAUGGAUACUGGGGCUACAGCUUGGGACAUUGGGUGUGCACAGCAAGAUACGAGAGCACCUUUAACACAAGUGCCACGAACUACAACCCUGGUGACCAAAGCACUGACUAUGGGAUUUUACAAAUCAACAGCCACUGGUGGUGCAAUGAUGGCAAGACUCCAGGAGCCAAGAACGCAUGUGGAAUCCAGUGUCGUGAGUUACUGACAGAUGACAUUACAGCGAGUGUAAAUUGUGCAAAGAGAGUUGUUCGCGAUCCCAAUGGCAUGGGUGCAUGGGUGGCAUGGAGAAAUCACUGCAAAGGAACAGAUGUCUCCCAGUGGAUCAGAGGUUGCCAGCUGUAAAGUGUUGGGGUUUAUUUAUCCCAGCUUGGUUCCCUUGCAAAUUAGCAGGGAUUUGCAUAGAGCAAAAUGUUCCCUCCACUUGUUUCCCUUUUACAAUUAAUCAUGUUCAAAAAAAC